AGGAUUGCUGGCCGCAAGUACCACAGAGACGUCGAGUGCCAAGCUGGGAUGCGAGUUCACCUGGUAAGGGAACCAGAAAAUCCCAUGGAUACAUACGCUGUGAAGGUGCUUACAGCGGAUGGGCUUUCGCUGGGACAUAUUCCAAAAGAGCAUUCGCGUUAUUUUUCUCCUCUCAUGGACAAAGGCGUGGUAGACGUUCAGGGAUAUGUCUCCGAGAGUACAUCUGAAGCUGCACGCCUCAAGCUUGAUUUCCGUGAGAUCCAGAGUCGGACUAUUGGAAGUCUCUCAGAAGAAAAAGUGCUGGCUGUCAAAUGGAGCCGUCUGAUGGAUGCAGCUGACAAGGGACAAGACCACGGCUGUCGAUACCAACAGAAUUUUCUCUACAUGCUCCAAGUGGUAUUGGAACGGGAUCUCCAUCUCUUUACUCCAGACGAGAUCGAACUUCUCGAGGCAUUUCGUUCAAUCUCGUCUGAUGGACAGCGCCUUUUUGUAAGAUUGGCUCAACGAAAGGGGCCAUGGUUCCGUCUUCAGAACAUUUUCUAUGAAGAUAUUGGUGACACAAAUUCUGCAGUCCAUGAGUUAGUCGAGAGACGCUACUUAGUUUUCAACGCGGACGUCAAUUCGUCUGAGUUGCUUGAACAUCUGACUGUACAAGAGCUCAAAGAUUUGGCAGUGAACAGCAAAAUCAUGAUCAAAAGUGCUACGCUAAGUUUGAAAAAGAUUCAGCUUAUUACAGCAAUUCGAGAUGCAUUGAUUUCGCUGCAUUUUAAUCUAACGGCUUUAAUUCGUGAAGCAACCGGCCCAUGCAUUCGAAUAGCCGAAACACUUGAAGUUCUACUUUGGCGUUUACAGAGGCUGUUCUUUCUAAACGGUGAGCAGGAGUUCCAUGUUUUUCUUCUUGUGGAUAUUGGAAGGAUCAAGUAUCCAAGCUAUAGGUGCGCUAGAACAAUGCCAGUCUUUGCUUCUCGAGAGGACUUUCUGGCGUAUGAGCAGGCAUUGCAAUUGGCUCAGGUGGUUGACAUGUCCCUGGAAGCUGGUAAUUCUGAGGCUGUAAACUCCUCUUUUCGAAAAGCAAGGACUACACUCGAAUUGAUCAAUGCACACACCGAGAUCAAGCAUCCAUUUUUAGCACGGUUUUCGGCUGCAUGGGUGCAUGCAACAAUCUGUACUGUGGCUGCAUCGUUUCUGGAGAAAGAACGCAGAUACGCUGAAGCUGUAAACCUCUUGAAGCAGCUCCUUAGCAUGCAGUAUUGUCCUGGACGGAGAGGAUACUGGACUCUCCGGCUAUCUAUUGACUUGGAGCACUUACAGCGUUUAGAAGAGAGCCUGCUCGUUGCAGAAAACGGAUUAAAUGAUUUCAACGUCCGAGGAGGGGAUCGUGUCGCUUUGCAACGGAGGGUUCUCCGACUAGGAAAACCUCCUAGAAGGUGGAAAGUACCUCCAUAUGCAGCGCUUUUAAAGAAAAAACACAAGGUGGUGAGGAUUAUGGGAAGGCCGCUAAACAAUGCCAAUGGAAUGAAGAGCAGAUUUUAUGGCUACGAUGGGCAACAAUGCAGUGUGGAGGACCUGGCACUUCAGUACUAUGCCGGAGAAGAUGGAGGCGGCUGGAAAGGAGUCCAUUCAGAAAGCGGCAUAUGGCUGACAUUGUUCGGGCUGCUCAUGUGGGAUGUUAUCUUUUCAGACGUUCCAGAUUUCUUCCAGACACCUUUUCAGACUGCACCAUUGGACUUGUGCACGGAUUCAUUCUAUCCAGUCCGAAGCUCGCUUAUUGAAUCUCGUCUUCAAGCCAUACGCGAUGGCGGAGCUAGGCAACUCGUGGCUGAGACUUGGGCAGAGCACUACGGGACAUCAUGUAGCGGGGUAAACUGGGAGAACUCGCUUGAAGACCUUCAAACAAUAACGGUCUGUAUCGGAGGUCCAGGAUUGUCGGUGAUUUGCAAGCUUCUUGCAGAAGACCACAGUAACUGGACGGCUGGAAUGCCUGAUCUUCUGCUGUGGAAGGAGAAAGAGGCAAAGCUGGCCGAAGUCAAGGGUCCAGGGGAUCGCUUGUCCGAGCAACAGGUGGCCUGGUUUCUUAUUCUCUCGGACGCUAAUGUUCCAGUGGAACUUUGCAAGGUCUCCAAGACGAUGAAUGAUCGAUCCUAGAUGAGUAGUGCCGGGCCCGAGACGGCUGCGCAGGCCUCUGCAACUUGCUCCGCCUUGCUUGAAGUCAUAAGAACCGGUAAGCACCCGCUGUGGACUGCGAAGAAUCCAUUGCGCGCUACACACAGCCAGUGCCAAGUCCUCAGUGUCACCGUCUCAAGAGCUCUUCGAUCGGGACCGCGAGGUGAUAGAAUCACCACUCGGCCUCCACCGUCAUCUUAAAGAUCCUCUCGGUGGAGGAUCAGGAAAUGCGAGUUCCAAAGAGAUGAAUCACGAGGGAUUCCAUGCACCUUAAAGACCAUCCCCCGCGACUCUGUCAUCCUUGAUGAGUAUCCUAUCGAACAAUGCAGUUGCUUGCUCCA